AUGUUCUCGAAAGCGCCGAGAUUCGUACAAGAGAAACCGUCCGAGACCCCAGGUCCAAACUACUACACCUUGCCAGAGACAGAGGGCUGGGACUCGUACAAACGCGGUGCAUUCCUUGAGAAAGCAGACAGGUUUCCAAAGCAACGACAAUACGAAGGUCCCGAUGACGCUCCUUCGACCUCCGAACCUACAAAUACAGCAAAAGACGCGUCAAGAGGAGGGAAGCGACCAGAAUCAGCAGCAGGGUCGAGUGCGUUGAGGCAGCAGAUCGAAGCAUUAGAAGCCGAGAAAGUACAUCUAGAGAGUCAGCUUCAAGCUUCACACCGCACCCAAUCUGACCUACGACGAGACCUGGACCGAGCUUUGGAGAAAGAAAAGGCAAACAAGUCUAAAAUUGAGCGUCUGGAAGCCGCGAACAAGGAGCCUCAAGAUCGCGCAGCGAAACUCAACUCUUUAAGAAAAGAGCUUGAUGACUUGCAAAGACUUCAUGAAGACGGAAGGAAGGCGCACAAGACAGAGGUCCAACAGCUCAAGAUAGAACUAGAAAGACACAGGAAAACCUCCCAGGACCAACAAGCCGCUUUGCGUAAGCAGUUGGAGACUUCAGAGGCCAAGGCACAAGAGUGCAAAUCGUCGCUGCUUGCUGCGCAGGCGGAAAUUACAGACCUGCGUGUCAAAUCCCGGGCUCAGGAGAAACAGAAACAACCUCAGCCGGAACUUGAGCAGAUGAAGAAGAACCUUGUUGCCACCCAAGCCUUAUGCCGUGAACGAGAGGGAAAGAUACAGGAGCUGGAGAAGAUGCUACAAGCGGAAACCAAAAAGGUCACACAACUAGAUGGAAAGUCGGUGGAGACAGAAAAGAAGAUUAAAGCUCUCACAGUUGACGUUGAGAAAUUCCGGGGCCUUGCCUCUGACACCGAGAAGGCCAACGCCCAACUUCGAACGGAUCUUGAACAAGCAAGAGGUCAACUCAGUGGCUCAGACGCAAACUACAAGUCUCAACUCGAUCAGGCAAAGCGAGAGACAGAGGAAGUGCGUUCAAUGCUCAACAUCUGCACCCGCCUUUAUGGACACCUUGUCGACAAUACAGUCAGUCUCUCUCGAUUUGAAACCGAGCGUUUGAACCGCCUCGAGGCGCAAAGUCGUAUACUCAAACUCGAACGUCGACUGCACGACAGAGAUGUGCAAAACCAGGAGUUUAUCUCACUCUUGCGAAGUCAAGCAGAGCAACAGAGAACUCUGGCCCAGCUGCUUCUUGAACUCGAACAGGAAUCCAUCUUCCUCCGCGACUGUAUCCAGGAUAGCGCCCACCCAGAUAGGCUGUCCCAGCCCAGCGCAGGGGUACCUUUCUCGGAAGACCGAGGCGGAGAAAUAGAGGCCUAUCGUACACAACUGGAGUUUGCAGAGGUCAUGGACAGCUACCAACGUGACUGGCUCGAGAGAUUGUUCCAAGAUCUCAAAGCCACUGGGCAUGUUGCGACAUCCUUGCAAGGAGCUCUAACAAAAGUAUUGGACACUGCAGCGGAGCUCGACGGGCAACUGGAGGUAGUCAAAGUGGAAGCGGACGUAGCUAAAAGACGGGCAAGGGAGCUAGAUGAACAAGUUGGAACUCUCCAGGAGCAGGUGACCACGGCCCACUCGCAACAUCAAGAUCAGGUACAGCGAUUCUCGAAGGAAAAGGAGGAUCUAGCGCACGAGAUCUCAGAUGUGCAACGAAAGCUUGAAGAAGCUCGCAAGCGAAUCGAGAGAUUGGAUCUCACUGUGAGAGAGAAGACGUCGGCAGAGCAAGCACUCGCCGACGAGAUUGAAAACUUGACAGACUCCCUUCAAGAUGCAAUGCGGUACGAACACGCGUACAAAGCUCUCUGUCAAGAAGUCGAUGCACUGGUUCUACGAAAUGAACUCGUAGAGAGGGAAGCGGACCAUCUUAGUCGUUUCAACGCCGAGAUUCUUGGACAUGCGAAUCCAAACCAGAAGAUCCAUUACCUGGAUCGUAUCCGGAAGGAUCUUGCAGAAGCGAAACAUAAGCUUGCGAUAUCGACCAAACAGCGUGACGCCGUUCUGGAAGAUAAUGACACCCUGCGAAAUGAGCUCUACGCGUAUCGCUCUGUUUGCUAG